CUCCAAUUUGAAGUUGCAAUAGAAGGGUUUUAGGAAGGGCUUUUUUCUCUUGGAGUUGAGAAAUGGCAUCUUCUUCUUUGACAUCAUCUGGACCAGAAAUCCCUUGGGUUGAGAAGUUCCGACCCACCAAAGUAUCCGACAUCGUCGGCAAUGAAGAUGCUGUUUCCAGGCUUCAAGUUAUUGCUCGUGAUGGAAACAUGCCCAAUCUUAUUUUAGCCGGUCCUCCGGGUACUGGCAAAACCACUAGUAUAUUGGCUCUUGCUCAUGAGCUUUUGGGACCAAACUAUAAGGAGGCUGUGUUGGAGCUAAAUGCAUCAGAUGAUAGAGGCAUCGAUGUUGUUAGAAACAAAAUCAAGAUGUUUGCUCAGAAAAAAGUUACUCUACCCCCUGGUCGGCACAAAAUAAUUAUUUUGGAUGAGGCUGACAGCAUGACAUCUGGAGCUCAGCAAGCACUGAGGAGGACGAUGGAAAUAUAUUCGAACUCCACUCGCUUUGCUCUUGCCUGCAAUACUUCUUCUAAGAUUAUCGAGCCUAUUCAAAGUAGAUGUGCCCUGGUCCGAUUUGCAAGAUUAUCUGACCAAGAGAUCCUUGGACGCCUUAUGGCUGUAGUUGCAGCAGAAAAGGUUGCUUAUGUGCCUGAAGGUCUUGAAGCUAUUAUAUUUACUGCUGAUGGAGAUAUGAGACAAGGCUUAAAUAACUUACAAGCUACACACAGUGGAUUUGGUUUUGUCAACCAAGAGAAUGUUUUCAAGGUUUGUGACCAACCUCAUCCUUUGCAUGUGAAGAAUAUGGUGCGGAAUGUCCUUGAAGGAAAAUUUGAUGAUGCAUGUGCCGGUCUAAAGGCACUGUAUGACCUGGGAUAUUCCCCCACUGACAUUAUCACAACCCUGUUCCGAAUUAUAAAGAACUAUGAUAUGGCAGAAUAUGUAAAGCUGGAGUUCUUGAAGGAAACUGGUUUUGCCCACAUGAGGAUCUGCGAUGGGGUCGGCUCAUAUCUCCAGAUGUGUGGUCUGCUGGCUAAACUAUCAUUGGUUCGAGAAACAGCUAAGGCUGCAUGAUGAGACAGGCAUUGAAGUUUUUUGUCAAUUGAGAUGAGUCCUCGAUGGUCUUCCAUUUUAUCGCGCAUUCCUUACUUUUCUUGAAAAUAGCUAGCAUUUUAUAGCAAGUGUUAGCCUGUCGAAUUGCAAAGUUAAUACUGCAAUGAGGAAAAUGAUUGUUGAACCAUUAUGCAUUUCAAUUCUACAAAUGUGCAAAGGCAGCCUUUUAACUCUACUCUAUGAAUGAGCAUGUUAGAGAAGGACUA